GACGUAACGAGGCUCCUGCGGCCACAGCCCCGUCGUGGCGCCCUGUUCGACGUAAGACGUCCUUAAUCCAUAAUUUAAAACCUCGAGACGGUUGCGCGCGGCGGGAAGCUCGUUCGACUGUCCACAAACGAAGCAUGCCGCUCUAUAUUAUAAAGUACUACAUUGAGGUGCAGAGGAAGGAAAACUCCUUCCAGUCGUCAGGCCUCACCUGGGAUGAGGCCGAAAACUUCUAUUUGCACCCUGUUUACCUGACUGAGCAGAGGACAAAGGAACAUAAUUUUGCCAAGAUUAAGCUGGAAGCAUUCCUCCGAGCCUAUAUCGGCAACGCUGAAGAAUGUAACAGGAAAAUCCAGGGAAACCUGGCCAAGCAAAAGGAAGUGGAAAAGCUUAUUAAAAAGAUGGCCCGAGAUUAUGUACCUGACAGAAUAAACGAGGUGAAAAUGAAGAGCAGGACGAGGCAAAACAAGAUGUCCUGCAGCCUCUCCAAAUUAUAUUUGAACGCUAUACCGCCAUUGUCCCCGGAAGAAGUGAAAAGACUGGUGUCAUCAGCAUCCAAGCUUAUCGUCGCUGCGACUUCGAAAAUGUCUCCUGAAGAAAUGGAAAAAACUCAAGAAUGUAAGAGAAGAGAGACGAAAAGUGUUAAGAGUUUCAGCGAUGGUCGCAAGAAGGAUUUUUCCACCAUCCUUUUUCAUGAGAAUCAGGCAAAAAGAGGCCAACGAACAAGACAAAGCGAUAAAGAGAUAAAGAGGAAAGCCAAAGCUUCCAGUAUCACUCCUGCUAAAUCAAAGAGAAUUUCUUCCGUGGCCGCUUGGAAUACUCCGCAGAAGGCCUUUGUACCCUCUUUGAAAGGUGCAGAUAACGUUGGCGUGCAUUCUUACACACCAUUUAAAAUCAGAAGACAGGAGUCCUCUUCCAAACCUGGUGAAGGUGUUUCAGGCAAGAAAUGUCCACCUAGAAAGCCUCUGGCUGCAAGACCAAGCCAGACUCUUGGCUCCAAAGCCCAUGAAGAUCGGCCUCAACGCUCGGUCAUCUUGAAAACUGAAGAGCAGAAAGUCUCGCAAGGAAAUGGCUAUCGUCCCUCUGCCAGAUUAACAGCUGAGAUUUGCAGCAGCCAGCAUUCAACCACCGGAAAAAAGACCAGAAAGCAAUUCAGUUCCGAAAUGAUUUCCAGGUCCUCUAUCCUGAAAAGGGUCAGCGAUCCUAAAUCCCAUCACCCCAACGAUCCCAGAGGAAAGUUUGUGAAAUGCAGCCAAAGGAACGGGCCUAAAGGUGAACGGGAAAGCAGCGAUUCACUACCCCGAACCGCUUCCAAAUGCCAUCAGGUCAACUUUGCCAAUUGGGAAUCUCUCGGCUUGGAGCGGGAUAGAGUCAGAGGCUCUCAUGGUGACGGUGAUGGUGACGCCGCUGCCACUGCGCCUUCCAUAGAGAAAUGUGGGCUCACAGAAGGACACAACGGUGAUUGUGUUUCUACAGUCCAGCAAGGACCGCCUUUUCCGCACGAGCUUGGCCAGGAAAUGACUCGAGAAGUACCUCCUGAUCGGACCAGGAGCGAAUCCGACCAGUCGUUCUCUUCGAAGGAGCCCAGAGACGCUCGUGCGGGAGGGGAUCACGUCGAUAGCUUGCCUAGUCGAGAACGCGUGUUAGAAUCCAAGUCCUGUAAACGAGGGGCGAUCUGUAUCCCGCCCACGGCUCCAGCUGGUUGCUGUUGUUCCGAACUACCAAGUUACUGUGUGUGUGAAAUCAAGGAAGGGCACGAGAUCGGAUUUCCUGGGAAAACUGCAGCGCUGUUGAAAAGUUUGGCUGGGGAACAAUCCGACAAGGAGUUCGCCAACUCGUCUCUCUCGAGCAGUGCAAGAUCGUUUGGUUGGUUCGGCGAGCAGAUGGGUGAAAACAUUACACUGAUGAAGGAGGGCAUCAACCCCAAGAUGGAAACGUUUCUUCAGAAACUUCUGAAGGCUCCCGAAAAUGGCACCAUCCCACAGGAAGCAUCCCAUCAGUAUGAAAAACAGAAGUGAAAAUCUUUGUUAAAUUUUCCUUGCCAAUGACUGCUUUGCAUUUCAUUCGAUGCUCCAGAGGCUUCUAAGAAUGCACCGCUGCUUUAUAAUGAUUAGAGUUCCACGCUUUUAUUCUAUUUUGUAAUAAUCAGAAUUUGCUCAAGGAUGUCACAACAAUUUGAUCGACCGUUAAGAUGAUUUAUUGCAGAUCUCUAGACUUCUCCCCUUCCAGACCUGCUGGAUUGUAGCUUUCACUGCUCUUGCCAUUAUGCUGGUUUUAAAAUUCUUAAAAUUUAAAAUUCUGGUUUUAAAAUUUUAAAAUUAAAAUUAAAAUUUUAAAAUUAUAAUAAAGUUAAGGGUGGCUCAGGGGCUAGGACGUUGAGCUUGUCGAUCGAAAGGUCGGCAGCUCAGCAGUUCGAAUCCCUAGUGCUGCCGUGUAACGGGGUGAGCUCCCGUGACUUGUCCCAGCUUCUGCCAACCUAGCAGUUUCGAAAGCACGUAAAAAUGCAAGUAGAAAAAAUAGGGACCAUCUUUGAUGGGAAGGUAACAGCGUUCAGUGUGCCUUUGGCAUUGAGUCAUGCCGGCCACAUGACCACGGAGACGUCUUCGGACAGCGCUGGCUCUUCGGCUUUGAAACGGAGAUGAGCACUGCCCCCCCUAGAGUCGGCAAUGACUAGCACGUAUGCGCGAGGGGAACCUUUACCUUUACCUUUAUAAUAAAGUUAGAACUAGUCCUUCUAAAUGUGCUUCUUUUCUGGAAAAGACUGAUCAUGAAAAGGAGGCCAUCUUUUCCAGACAAGGAACUUAUUUUUCUGUUUCUCCAAAUUUUCUCAGCUCAGACCUCCGAACCUAAAACAGUGUAUUUUAAAACUGAGUUGUAUCUAAUUGGGUUGUUAUGGCUGGUGUUUCAUUUUACUGCUGAACUUAAUCCAAUUUAACACAGUAUUUCAGCGUUCAUAGCGGUCAAAUAAUCAGUACUGUAUUUUUAUGUUGCUUUUCCUCAUAUUUUAGCCAAAUAUCUGAGUAGAAUGAUGGUAAUUUAUUGUAGGUAUAAAUAACAUGUGCUCAUUAGGUAACUCGACAAUGAUGCUAUGACAUUGCAAUGAUUUUAUUCUGAUGAAGCCGUUUUGAAUACCUUUUCUUAUAAAAUGUAUUUUCUUUGGUUAGCGUCAAUCAUUUUUUUAAACCGUCUGAACACAAAUAAAAGCAUGUCAUUUCUGCAAAGUUUUCACGGU